UUCCUGGGACAACAGUCUGCGUCCUCAUACCUGUCUCGCUCGCUGCUCUGGAACAAGUGGGACCUGGAGCUGGUGACGCCAGGUAACCUAGAGAGGGAGUGCGUGGAGGAGAUUUGCACCUACGAGGAGGCCAGGGAGGUGUUUGAGGACACAACCCAAACGGUGAGGGAAGAGGGCAGUGAAUGUGGUGGUACCUUUCAUGAAAGUCUGUUGGAAAUGAUGUAUUAUUUACGCACAUUAAGAAUACUUUAACCUUGUUCAAUUAAUUGACUAAUUGGAUACUAGGAAUUUACUUGGAAUUCAUUUUCUAUUUUCCCCAGAAUGUUUUUUGGAGCACAUAUACCACCAGUCACAGUAAGGCCUUUUUUAGGGGGGCUUUUAGUAAAACUAUACUAAGGCAAUGUUGACAUUCACAUUCUCACUACUGUCCUCAUGUUUCUCUAUGGAUGAUGCUAGCAUUGAUGAUUACAAUCGCACAGGCUGUCAUCUUAAUAUAAUGUACAUUGCAAAUGUAUUCAUUGUGUUGGUUCUUUAGACACAGCGCCCAGUGUGGAUGUGUCGGGUCUAGUGGCAGGGAUCUUGGCUAUUCUAGUGUCUGCUGUCAUAGCCACGGUGCUGGGCUGCUAUUGUUACAAGAACAAGGCUGGUAGGACGGCAGGCAGGUAAGAUUGAGUGUGUGUGUUGUGUCUAUGUAUGUUAGUGUGUCGAUCUUAGAGUGUAAGGAUGUACAGUAUAGCCUACCUAACCUAAGGCAUCUAUUGCCUGGUUGCUCUACCUGUCAGCAAAUUUCAAAUGAUAAAGUAGGCCUAUGUAUUCCCUGGUAGCCCUACAUAGUAGCAACAUAUGAUAAAGUACAUUGUCUUUUAUUAUUUUAUUAUUACAGUAGCCUACAUACGGUAGUAGCAACAUGAUAAAAUAGGCCUAUGUAAUCCCGGGUAGCCCUACAUAGCAGCAACAUUAUUUUAGAAAUAAUCAAUGGACCCUGAGUCUUCCCAUAUUUUGUCUUGUGUGUGUGUGUGUGGCCAACAUUACUUGUGUGUAGCCUAACCUAGUAUUACUUGUCAUCUGUUUCAGUGCUCCAGUGAGGAUGGAUGUGGAUGGCCAGCCUCCUCCAGAGACAGUGCCUCUCACUGGGAUCAUCGCCCCAGGACUGCCCUCCUACGGUGAAGCCCUGACCCGCAGUGGGCAGCAUGACGCGCCCCCGCCACCUUACUCUGGGUAGGCCUGUGUGUGGGUAUCACAGGAGGUUGGUGGCACCUUUAUUGGGGAGGACGGGCUCGUGGUAAUGGCUGGAGCGCUAUUGGUGGAAUGGUAUCAAACACGUGGUUUCUAUGUGUUUGAUACCAUUCCAUUUACUCUAUUCCAGACAUUAUUAUGAGCCAUCCUCCCCUCAGCAGCCUCCACUGGUGUGUAUGUAUGUUCCACCAUAGUUUAAGAAUGUGUACUGUGCGUGAAUGUAUUCCACCUUUGUGUAGUAUGCAUGUCUGUCCACUGUGUGUGUGUGUGUGUGUGUGUGUGCGCGCGCAUCUUUCAUUCAUGUCCCAACCUAUUUCUCUCAUUAUUUUUCUUUCACUCUCAUUUUUCCACAGGGGAGCGCAAUCAGAACCUCCUGACCCAGCUAACAAUGCUGAGAUUACUGCGAAUACUGAGGACACUGAGUGAAAAGGAGGGAAGGACAUUUUAAAAAGGGGCAUUCAUGAAGUGUGGGUGUAUGUUACAAGCUUCAAUUGGAGUUCUGGACUGUUAUAAGUGAGCACAGCUGUAAACAUUUCCAUUUCAAUUCAUGUGAGUUGUUGAAAUAGGCAUGGUAUACAGUAUCUCACAAAAGUGAGUACACCCCUCACAUUUUGGUAAAUAUUUGACUAUAUCUUUUCAUGUGACAACACUGAAGAAAUGACACUUUGCUACAAU